AUGACCAUGAGAACUCCCCCCAAUGCUCCCCUGCAUCUAUACCAAAACCGACCAGAUCUGCCUCAGAUGAGAUUGGUCUCUUCGUCAAGCGAUCGUCGCCUCUCGCCAACGACAGAACAAUGGCACGAUGAAUCGCAAACCGUACUGCUGGAAGGCAUUGGCGAUCUACGGAAUGACCACACCAGUGGCGCAAAGGCUUUGGCGACAAAGGCCGUGGCCCUACUGAUGCGAAUCGGGCGGGUUGCUGGUAAUGGUCUGGCUAACGAGCAGUCGACAACAGAUGAUAAAGACCAGACUUGGUGGAUUACGGUCCGUAGGGCUGGCUGGGCAAUAUCUACGUAUGGGAGACCUAGCAUGGGAGCUGCGAUUACAGUUGCUGUGGUCAACGCGCUGGAGCGAGGUGAGGCCGCCCAGCGAGAAUUUGAGAGUGCUACUUCCGCUCCGGAGCAGGCCCGUGGUACAGAAUUGAUAAGCCAUCGGAUCCGAAAGAUGGAGGAAUACUUGAGGGAACGAAGGCAGGGUGGCGCGCAGAUCGGACAGAAUUUACGACAGUUUAUUCGAAGCAGAUUCGCCGCUGAACCGGGUGAGCACAAAGUGACGGUGUUGACAUUAAGUCUGAGUUCAACUAUCAAGGAUGCUCUGAUGACCUUGCUUGAGCUUGAGCAUCAACCAAAUGUCUGCGAGCGCGAAGCGAAACUGGUGAUCCACCUCCGCAUUAUGGAGUCUCGUCCCCUGUGCGAAGGGGCGGAGCUCGCAAGGAUGCUUGCGGCGGAAGCAGCCAGCAAAGGGUAUACCGGUAAUCUGAGAAUUGAAGUCGCAUCCGAUGCCAGCGUUGCAAUCCUUGCACGAGAUGUCGACCUUGUCCUUAUUGGCGCCGAUCGGAUCUCGGAAUCCGGAGAUGUAAGUAAUAAGACGGGCAGUCUCCCUGCGGUUUUGUGCGCGAAGAGCGUAUCGAAGGAUGCUGUUAUUGCUACAUUAUCGGACCUUGAAAAAGUCGCAAAGCCAGGGAGGAUGGAGGAACACCUCGAAGAGGAUAACGACCCGGCGGAGCUUUCGAGUGCCUGGGCGCCUUUGGUGCGUGAAAGCAUAUCACAGGAGGCGUGGAGCGAAGUCGUCACGGUGAAGAACGUGUAUUUCGAAUGGGUGCCUGCGAGCCAUAUCAACCAUUACAUCUGCGAGACGGGCAUCCUGAGCGCGGUCGACAUCCAGAGACAGUCGCAGUGGGUAUCGGCUGCCGAACAGCGGUUAUUUGGGGAGCUGGGCGGCCCCUACCAUGGGGCUGCGCGAAGCUUUAUCGAUAAGGCGGCGCUAGGCCCAAAACAGCAGCCCGUAAACAAACCAAAACAAACCCCCGUGAUGCCGCCAAACAACCUGCAGCACGGCUCCUUGUCCUGUCCAGCUCUGCGAUUUAUGUGCUCGGAAACCAAGCGCGACUUGGGGUUUGUGGAAGGGGAUUUGAUUGAAUGUCUCAAUGCCGGCGACGGGUCAUGGUGGACGGGCCGUUUGAAGCGCGAUCCACGCAUGGUGGGAGUGUUUCCGUCGAAUUUCGUCAAGGUCCUCGAGGAUUUCGUGCCCGGCAGCCGCUCCGUAAGCCCGCUACCGCCCAGUGCGCAGGUCACUCCGUCAAAUUCCACUGCCGGCGGCCCCAAGAAACAAAAGACAAUUUUCAGGAAACCGUUUCAGGGUUACAAGGAGGUGGUUGGGCCGUCAGGGAGCCUUUCUGCGCAAUCAAAACCAGCUGUGUCGCCUAUAAAAACACCAACCCAAAGGCAACCUGUAAAGAGGCCUCGGGACCCCGACCGCACGCCCACAGCGAGACGCAGCGAACCUCCCGUCCGCCCUCCGUCACGUGCUAUUUCGCCCGCUCCGCCGCCUCCGCCGGCCCCAGUAGCGGAAAGGGAUGAGUCUCCGCCCCCUCCACCUCCGCCUCCGCAUCGGAUUCUCCACAGGCGCUCUGUAUCACCUCAACCGCGAUACUACAGCCAGGUACCAAAUAAUUAUCCUCCAAGGACGCCCUCCCCGUUUCCGCAGUCGCCUAUUAACGUGAAUACGCCGUCACCGCUGAGGGAUGCAAUUGAAGACGUCAUGUCCUCCUUGCAUGAUAUGGGCGUCCAUCGUGGGGCCCAUUCCCCCCAACCUCCGCCUCAUGCAUCCAUGAAUCCCUGGUCACCGGAGGCUUUCGAUCAAAUACACGAGCAUACCGGCCGAGGCCGAAAUGAGCGACCGCUAACUUCCUUGGGCCUUGGUAGUCACGAUCCUUCCCAGGAAGAUGACUUUUCUUAUCAGCAUAAUAAUAGCAAUACUAGUAAUCGCUAUUAUGACGGCCCUCCACAGCUCAGUAACUAUGUUGAAAGAAUGGAGAGUCGACUGCGACAGCUGCAUGCGCAAGAGCAAGAAGAUCGCGAUGAGCUUCACCUCCCGCCACCUACACCACCGAAGAAAGACCCUCAGGGGAACGAGGACUUCAUGUCCCAACGGCAACGAUCGCUUAGAAACCGAAAGUCAAUUAGCGAACUUAAUAGCGCGUAUCUUGGCCGCACAUUCACAACCAAGUCAACGGCAACCAAUUCUUCGAGCGGCGUCCAGAGUGUGGCGACAAAUAGUACUACUAGCACUGGAUUAACGAGCCAGAGCUUAAUGAGCGGUACAUCCGCGGGUGGAUUCAGUGCAACGAGUGCAGCGAGCUUUGCCCGGCGUACUAAAGCAUUUGGAAUAUCGGGGGAUAGACCACGGAGUCCGAUAAACCGCCCACGGUCUCGAGGAGUUUAUGGCUUAGAAAGAGGCAACUCUACAAGCAGUAGGCCACAAACACCUUUGACAGGAAUAUCGUAUCAUUCGAGUCACAAUUCAUCUCGACAAGGCGCCACAUCUGCAAUGGGAUGGUCCGAGUAUAACAAAGGGAACGACUCUCCAGGCGUUUUCGGAGGACUCACAACGCCCAAAUCAAAGAAAACUGGUUUCCUGAAGAAAAUCUUAGAAUCCGCGAAAACCGGCGCUGCGACUGCGAGGAGCAAUAUUGCGGCAUCUCAAAUAUCGCGCCCAUCAUCCCCAACAAAGAAUUUGAUCCAGAGUGGCAUCGCUUCCUUAUCUCCUACUCGGCACGGUAAAGAUGCCUCAAAAGAAAUGGGUAUUGGAGGGAAUGAUUGGGUGCAAGUCCGAAGAGAUGUUAAUCGAGCAACUACUCCUAGUCGGCAUGAGCUCAUUGAGCGAGUCGAACGAUGCCAAAUGAUGGAUCAUCCGGUGAUAGCCCCGGUGGAAGAACUUCACGAGAACGCGGAGGGGGACGAAGGUAUUGAUGGUUUACCAAUCGCUGAACCGACAAAUUGGAAUAAUCUGAAUCUGCAGUUGGUAGAUAAAAGUGCUCGAUUCAUCACCAGCCUACCGCCAAUGAUGAAUCCUACGAGCUUGGCUCAGGGAUAUGUGUGUCGCCCGUACCGAAGCGAUGCACAGAGAUUGCGUGCUAUUUUCACCUGGGUUAGCGAGAAGAUAACGUGGGAUGAUGAUCUGGACGGUGAUGUUGACCUGCGAAGAGUCAUUCUCAUGAAACGAGGUUGUCCACAGGAAGUCGCGGUACUGAUCAUGGAAAUGUGUGCUGCAGUUGGUCUCCACGCUGAGGCUGUGCGAGGAUAUUUGAAGACCCCUGGUGAAGUUAUAGAUUUCGACUGUCUUUCUAGGCCGAAUCACUGGUGGAACGCGGUUCUGAUUGAUGGAGAAUGGAGAAUCAUGGAUUGCUCGCUGGCCAGCCCGACGCAUCCGCGGAGAUCCCUAUAUUCCAGCGUGAACCCUCAAGCUGCUGAUAGCUGGUAUUUUCUCGCUCGACCGAUGGAGAUUUGCUACACACAUAUCCCCCUACUCCCAGAGCAUCAGCAUGUCUGCCCUCCGAUUAACCCUGCAAUCCUACUGUCUCUUCCAUGUGCCUGCCCUGCCUUUUUCAAAAAUGGUAUGCACUUGCCGAAUUAUGAUACCAGCUUAUUUCAGAUAAAUGGGUUGGAGACAGUGCAGAUUCGUAUUCAUGUUCCCCCUGAUGUGGAAUGCAUUGCGGAAGUUGAAGCCAUUGCAUUCGCCUGUGAUGCAGAUGGCGACCGUUUUGAGAGCGGUGACGUGGUAAAGAAAAAGGCCUUGACCCAGGCUGAUUGGUUCCGCGGCCAGAAGCGAUUCACAGUCAAAGCUGUGCUGCCAGGCGAUGAGGGACAGGGUGUGCUGAAGGUGUAUGCCGGGAAGAAAGGUCUAAUGCACUCAUCAAAAGACAUUCCACAUCCGCUGGCUUUUGCUAUUCCAAUCCUUCAUACUGGUGAAAACCCUCCUUAUGAAUUUCUUAUUCGUCACCCAACUCCUCACGCACAGCGUCAUGACCUGUACGUUAUACAGCCGCAAUGUGGGCGGUUGGCCAUCAAUAACACGUUUGUCUUUGCCGUUCGGCAGCAUCCGGCCUAUUCGCCCUCCACAACAGCAAGUUUCAGUGAAGUGAGUGGUCGAGUGUCUCCGAACCCUUUCGCUCGACCCUCGAGCUCACUCAGCAUGGUAUCUUCCAUCGCCACUGUUUCAAAUGCAUCGACUACUUCUGUGAACAGCAAGGGACACGGUUCGCGCGAGAAACCAGCAAAGUUGGCGGUACAAACUCCAUCAGGCAAGAUUUUACGACUGACGAGAAAAGCGGAUCAUAUGAUUACGACAAGCAUGGCUACUGAAUGGGCUAACGAUGGGCUUCCCGAUGGGAGCGUUUGGGAGACGGUCAUCAAGGUUAGCGAGCGGGGCGUUUGGAGAGGGCUGGUGCUGGCAGAUCGGAGUGCUAGAUGGUGCGUUUGGGGAGAAUGGGAGUGUAUCUGA